AUGGCCAAUACGGAUCUCUCGAAAGUGUCUUUCAAUCCAUCGACGUCUGUGACUUUCCAAACUGUGGCGAGGAAACAACAAGUCAAGUUGGAGAUCAUAAACAAUUCUACAAGUCCUGUAUUGAUCAAGUUCAAAAACACUAAUCCAGCAGUUUUCGCUACGACUCCAAAAGAUGGAAAGCUGGCAGUUGGUCAGAAGCAAGAGUUUAAAUGUGCCUUCAAGGGAGCGACAAAAGAAGAUCUUGAGAAAAACCAUAAACUCUUGCAGCAGAGAUUUACCAUUGUAAUGGUUGCUGUUUCAGCAAAUGUUAAUACUGAAAUGGCAAAGAAAAAUGCAUUCAAAACAGUGACUUUGAAGCAUAAGAUAAAUAUCUUAUUCGCUGGAGUAAAUGACCAAAAAGAGAAGGAAGCUCCGCAAGCAACCAAUAACGAUGAUGUUGAAGACAAGGAUCGUGAAGGAAAGAUGCGAUCGAAGGGCAGGAGUGAACCUCCGAAUGUCAAGAGGGCUAACGUGGUGAUGUUCAUGAGAAAGGAAGGAGAAUCAAUUUCGGAUGAAGAUGACGAUGAAGGUGGUGCAACUGCCCCAGCUGCUCAGGCUCCAAAUGAUGACAUGAUGACAACUCGUCCUGCCGGAAAUUUCACUGGACAAGUGGCUGCGAACGAAAAUCUCGGAGGGCCAAACACUCCAACAAGCGAUAUGAAAACUACUCGUCCUGCUGGAAUCUUCACUGGUCAAGUUGCUUCUAAUGCAGUCCCUGGAGCACCAGUUGAUCCAAAAAGUGUUGGACUUCUUACGACUCGUCCAGCUGGAGCAUUCAAUGGACUAGUCACACCUAAUGCAGAAGGAGCUGAUGAAAAGGAUAACCUAAAAACAACAAAACCAGCUGGAUCAUUUGAAAAUCCGCAGAAACGCAAUAACAAGUAA